GACUUUCAGUCACUUCAUACAUCACAUAUACAUAAUCAUAAUGGCCGGCUGCAGGCACCAAUACACAUGUGAAGCUGUGCUCGCUACUAAGUACGUCUCCUGAUCAAGGUUGAACACAUUGAAGGUGAAGAACAAUGGCCGAAGCAAAAAGGGGUGAAGAUGUUAAGAGCGUUGAUGUGUUUACUGCAAAAGGUCUGCUCAGCACCGGGCACCUGUAUCUGGAUGUCAGGACAAGUGAGGAGUUCAACACCAGCCAUAUUGAAAAUGCCAUCAACGUUCCUUACAUGUUCAAGACCCAAGAAGGUAAAGUGAAGAAUCCUGAGUUUCUCAUCCGAAUUUCCUCGAUACUCAAGAAACAGGAUCACCUAGUCGUGGGUUGCAACAGCGGAGGCAGAUCACUUAAAGCUUGUGUAGAUCUUCUCAAUGAAGGUUUCGAGCAUGUCACUAACAUGGAAAGGGGCUACUCUUCAUGGGUGGACAAUGGACAUGCUGGUGACAAAGAUAAACCAUCUGAUGAACUAAAAAUCGCUUGCAAGUUCCGACCUUGAAAACUAUUUACCUUACGUGAUUGAACUUUUCAUGCACCACUUAUGUCUGUAAAAAUAACCACCCUUGGUGGUAAAUGGUAAUGGUAAAUUGGUAAGCUUUAAAUUUAAGGGAAACGAUCGAGCACAAAAAGAGCUAUCGUAAUUUGAUGA